UCGAAUUUCCUUUUCUUACACUUCACCUCGUCUCUGUGCCACGGUGUCUCCGUUGGCAUGGACGGCCUCGGAAAUGGUCGGACAAUAGACAUCGAGCUGGGGGGGCAGGAAGUCAUCACAAUAGACCUGGAUGUACUCGACCCAGUUGACGAAGUGCUUGACCUGCUUUCCGAUCCGCAAUGCAAAGCUCGGGCAUGGGUUUGGACCGUUGUAGCGACGGAGUUUUGGCGUAGGGGCUCACUUGAGGCCGCAGAAAAGGUUGCUAUGACCGCUAUACAGGUGUUCAAGGAGAAUACAAACGAGAAGGAGCUGGGGCCUAUUUAUACGCUGCUGGCCAACAUCAAGAUUGCCUAUGCCAGCACGGCUCCAAAGAUGAUUCUUCCGGAUGCUCGGCAGGACCUCAUGAGGGACGAAAAAACCAAGUCGGCUUUCUAUAGUGAGGCUGCCGGGCACCUCAACUCAGUCAUGAGCACAGGAGCAUUCGGAGGACAUUUGUUUUUCUUGACGCGAGCCAUCCAACAACUUGCUGACCGGUCAAUGAACGAUGCAUUGUCCUCAUUUAACGACAUUCUUGAACAAAAAUCAACGAAUCUUGUUGCGUUACUCGGCAGAGGCCGCGUGCUUUUUGCCCAGCGCAACUACCACGGCGCUCUCAAGGCAUUUCGACGGGUCUUAGAACUCAAUCCACGUUGUCUCCCUGAUCCGCGUGUUGGCAUCGGGCUUUGCUUUUGGGUCCUAGGACAUAAAGCGAAAGCGAAAGCUGCAUGGCAGCGGAGUCAGGACGUUAAUCCCGACGAGUGGCCGGCCCAGUUGCUUCUAGGAUUGGAAGCCGUAAAUGCGAGCAAGAAUGAGUCUAUGUUGGAAUCGGAGCGUGCGGCACUUUACACCACUGGGACCCGGCUACUGGAACGCGCCUUCAAGGCAAAUCAGAAGAGCGCUGCGGCAGCUAACGCGUUGUGCGAGCUAUUUUUGACCAAGGGUGAUAAUACCAGGGCAUUGAAGCUCGCUGAGCGGACUAUCCAAUUCGCGGACACUUUGACACUGCUGACAGAGGGCUACAUUCGAGCGGGUCGCGUUUCCCAUGCCCAAUCAUCGAUCUCCGAAGCCACUAGAUAUUACACAGCCGCGACUGAGGGUCAGCCCAAACAUGUCAUAGGUGCGAUUGGCCUCGCUCAGGUCCAAAUGCAGAACGAUGAAAUGGCGGCCGCUAUCCAUACACUGGACACUCUUUUGCAACCUCCGGCGGCUCAGUCUAUGUCACUUGAAGCAACAGUGAUACUUGCUUCACUGAGAGCCUUCCCCCGUCCUGGUGUCUCGAGUGCUGAUGUCGCGCAAGAGCGGACUAAGGCUCGCGACCUAUUCGACAAGGUCACCAAAGAGCUUAGUGCGCAAGAAUCACGCCCAAUGGGUCCUAAUCAAGCAGCAAAGACAAUAAGCUCGGACGUCGACAUGUACACGGAGAUGGCUAGGUUAUGGCAAGGCGAGAGUCUCGAUCGCGUUAGUCGUGCGUUGAGGACCGCUCUCCAAAUCAGCGAGGGUACAGGACAAGCCGAUCCAAGACUGCUCAAUAACCUUGGCGCGUUGAGGCAUCUGGAAGGACAUCUGGCGGAAGCGAGAGUCCAAUACGAAAGCGCAUUGACCAGUGUUGGUCAUUUCCAGAGCCCUGAAGACGAGGAUGGCAAAAAGGAGGCCAUGUCAACGUCUAUAUUGUACAAUCUUGCGAGGGUUUAUGAGGAUGAAGGAAGAGAAGACCUAGCGCGCGAUGCCUACGAGAAGUUGUUAUUCAGGCAUCCAGAGUAUGUGGAUGCCAAAUUACGGCAAGCUCAAAUGCUCAUUACUCUCAAUCGACAUAAUGACGCCCACGAUCUCAUAAAGCAAGCUCUUUCAUCACAGAACCAAAACCUCAAUGUCCGCGCUUUCUACACCUACUUCCUCGUACAGGCCAACCAACUUAAACUCGCGAAGGAGUUUGUCUUCGCUACGCUCAAAGACCACGACAAACACGAUGUGUAUUCGCUAUGUGCGGCAGGGUGGAUACAAUAUUAUCAAGCCCGCGAAAAUCGCGAGACGGGUGGUAAAGCAUCAGACGAACGCAGGAGGGGGUUCCAGCGUUGUGCCGAGUUCUACGAAAAGGCGCUGCAGCUUGACCCGAUGUGUGCCUUUGCCGCCCAAGGUUUGGCAAUCGUGACAGCGGAAGAUGCAUUGGGUUCGUUAAGUCGAGGGCCACAACAAGGGGGAUCUGACGAGGCCUACAAGCGACUGAAGAAUGCCCGAGAGGCCUUGGACGUUUUCGGCAAAGUUCGCGAAUCUGUCAGCGACGGGAGCGUUUAUUUGAACAUGGGACAUUGCUAUUAUGCUUGUGACGAAUUUGACAGGGCGAUCGAGAGUUACGAAACGGCGUCGACCCGGUUCUAUUCAGGACAUAAUGUUUCCGUCUUGCUCUGUUUAUGUCGCGCAUGGUAUGCGAAGGCGACCAAGGACCAAUCAUUCCCCUCAAUGACGACUGCAUUGCGAUAUGCCCAACAAGCUCUACAUAUCCUUCCGAGCGACAAAGCUGUUGUUUAUAACAUAGCGAUGAUCCAGCAAAAGUCCGUCGAGUUGAUGUUUGCUCUGCCGACAACGAAACGAACGCUCAAAGACCUCAAACGAUCAAUAGAGCAUGCGACCAACGCCCAAAAGCUGUUUGCUACCCUCGCAUCAGACAAAGCAUCUGCGCUGCCCUAUAGUCGUGAUCUUGCCGACCAACGCCGCAAAUACGGAGACAACAUGUUGCGGAAGGGCGAAGAGCAUCUUGCGAUGCAGAAGCAACACGAGACCGAAAUUCAGACCAAAAUGGACUCGGCGAGACAAAGGCGGCAAGAGGAGAGGGAGAGGCAGGGUGCUCUAGAACGGGAGAAGAUGGACCAACUCAGAGUGGAGGCCGAGAAGCUUGCUGAGGAGCGCAAGAAAGCACGUGAACAGGCGCUUGAGUGGGCAGCAGCGGUGAGAAUGGAUAGUGACGACGAGAAGGAGAAGCGGCCGAAGAAGCCAAGGAAACCAAAAGCGGAGGGGAGUGGGGACGAAGGCGAACCCAAGAAAAAGAGGCGGGGGAAGCUGCGAAAGGGUGGGGCUGAGGAUAAUGGGGAGGAUGCGGCGGUGUUUAGCGACGAAGAGGAUGUUGAGCGACCUAAAAAGCGGGCGAAAAAGCGAGUGGUGCGGGACGAUGAUGAAGACGAACCGGCGCCAGCUGCGACUAACUCGCGGAAAAAACAAUUUAAGAGCAAAGAAGUUAUCUCAGACACUGACGACGAAAUGCCUGACGCAGUUCCGUAG